AUGGAUAUAGAAAACGUCCAUGAAACAUUGUUGAUUGAGAAUAAAAUAAAGCUUCACGGAAUAAGAUGGUUUGUGGGAUUUGUGCUGUUCGUCUGUGGAUUUCUUGUCAUGUUUGCAUGGCAUUUCUUUGGAGUUAUCAACGAAGUUUUGUCGGAAUACUUCCAAGUUUCUGAAAGUACUAUAGACUGGCUGACAAUGUCCGCAGCUUUUGGAGAGAUUUUUGGAGGACCAAUCAUUGGAUUUCUAUUUGUUCUGAGACCGACUGUCGUAAAAAUGUGGUACAUAGUUAUGAUCCUUACUACAGUAUCAGCAUUUGUCAUAUUUGCAAUUGUGAUAUAUAUUAAGAAGUAUCUCAUUCUUUGCAUGAUCGCUGAAUUUGCUGUCGGAACUAUUACUAUGGUGUUUUUUGCUCUGCUUCCUUUAACAGCAACAGUGUGGUUUGGGGAGAGAGAACAGGCGACUAUCAUGGGUAUUGGCUGGCUUUCAAUGAUGAUUGCGGUGUUAGUUGCCUCUAUUGUACCAAUGGCAAUAUUUUCUGAGAAUGAGAAUUCUGAAAAUGAGAUGGCACACCUGUCUUUACUCCUUGUCGGCAUUGCAGCGGUUGGAAUCAUUUGCCUGGGAUGUGUAUGCCUAUUCGUUCCUAACGCACCAAAGAUUCCUCCUUCGUAUGCUGAAUUACAAAGACUGAAGAUAGCCGAAGUGCAAGAAUCUACGCAAGGAAUUUUCGUCGUGAUGAUCGGAAGCGUUUUAUUCGUAGUAAUUCCGUACGUGAUGAGAAUAGCGAUGAUGAAGUUUGCAAAAGUAGCUUUCUAUGCAAUUUCUGUCUCCAUAUUCAUUAUCAUUGAAAUGCUUAUUAUCAGCAUUAAACCAACGAUGAAUAGAUUUAUGUACGAUUCAAACAAAGAAAAUUCGGCAGAUAAUGAUUAA